AUGGUCGAAAAUUUACAACAACUUUCACGCAAACGAAAACGCGAGGACGAAUGCAGGGCUACGGAAUACUCUCAACCCGAACCAGUUCCACACCAUGUCACUAGUCGCAACGAAGCGUCGAUUAUUCUUCCGGCUUCGCGGAAAGACACCGUGAUACCAGAGAACCAGAAUUACAGUUUUCAGCGGAACGAGCCACCUCAGAAGCGCUUCAAAGAAGAAUCGAACAUUGCUGAGGACUAUGCCACGCCCAAUGAUCUUUCACCUAAAGGACUGGAUGAGCAUAUACCUGCGCAAGGCCCAACAGGAUCCGAACUUCCUGUGGGCAAAGCUACAAGCACCUACUCGGAUAAGUCAAACACCAAAGGUGACAGAUCAGACUCGAUCCGCUCAAGUGAAUUGACAGGAAGGCCAGAGCUCACGGCUCCAUCAAGGCAUGUUCCAUCUCCGGAAAAAGCCCCGGGAAUAGGGAAGUUUAUGACACAACACCAAUCCGUAACCCUUGCUUCCCAGGAUGAGGGAGCGAGCGCAACCAUGUCAAACGUUAAGAGCUCUGCAACUCGCCCUAGAACCGACUCAAGAAUCGAAAACCAUCCCCCAAGCCCAGUAGAUGCUUCCCUGGACAAAAUGUUCCGCGAUUCAUCUAGAGAGGUUAAUGCGAAUGACUCCGAGGACGCGUUGCACGAUGGGACCAGCGACGGGUACGCGGCUGAUAUAGAAUUCAGUAGCAAUCACAGUGAGUUGGAUAGUGAAAACGUCGCAGAGAGCCGCGAGCCACCUGUAUGGUCGAGCAGAAAGAAUGGACCUCGCGAGGGAUCAGACAGCUCGGCAUCAAACGAACGAUGCGCAAAGUUUUCCGAGUGGCAUGCGAACGAAUCCGGGGACCAUCCAGAUCUCUAUACAUAUGGGCCAGCAAUGAUCACUCAAAAUUACGACGGCGAGCGGGAGGUGCUAUCGCUUUUGCUUUCUCACGACUUGAUGCAGCGGAUGAAAGCGUCCAUAAUAGCAGGCCGUCGCUUUCGAGGGAUGAAGGCAGAGGUUGAUGAAGAGCUGCGCCAAGUAAAGCUGGAAGCUAACUUCCGUUAUGGACGCAUUAUGAGAACGAGUACGGAGAUCGAAGUCGUGAAGGAGCAGACCGCCAAAGAGAAUGAUGGCCCGACCGAAGAGCAGAGGGCCCGGUUGAAGGAUGCUCAAGAAAGACUAGAGGAUUUGAAAGCCAAGCAGGCAGCCUCUCAAGAAAAGCGAAGCGAGCUCAAAGCAAAACUGAAAGUGGAGGGAAAGGAGUGGGUGAGAUGCAUGAGAGCCGUCGAUGCUCUGCAUCAAUGUGUCCUUGUGGACUGCCGGAUCUUGUCAGAGUGUGACCAGGGCUGGUGGGCGGAUGAGGACUAUGCAAUCACUACAGUCAAGUCUAUGCAACGGUACGAUACGGAGAGCGAAGAUGAUGGAGAAUCGGAAUUUGUUCAACCGCAGGUCAUCACCCGCGUAGAAGUCACGAGGGGACAGGGUGCUGACCACCAGCGUGGACAGCCGGAUGCAAAGGCUGCUUCACCGAACGUCGCUAAGGGAGGGAAGACUGACGGGAUCGACAAAAGUCCAAGUGAUCGCCUUCAAGCAGCGCCAAAAGCGCACGAUGGCGAAUUUUCGGCACACCUGGAGGCGGCUGAGGAUCCAGUUGAUGCGCCUGGAGAGAAGAAUAAUCCGACUAUCCCAGACCCCGCGGAAACGGCUCAGGCUUCGGCAACUCUCGAGUUGCACAAGGAGAAGCUAACGGCCGAAUUGGAGCAGCGUCGGCUGAUGCUGCAAAAGACGCGAGAGCAGCACGAUAAGCACCAUGACAGCUACACUGAGAUCUAUGCAAUAUAUGUCUCCCAGCAGCUCAAUCGGCCCAACGUAGACUUCGCAGCGGAGUUCGGUCCGUUAUACGUCUUUGGCGGCCAACAGCUUGCCCAGAAAGUUACGCUCGCGGAAGAAGCUUACGCUACAACUAAAGCUGAAGCAGAAGCUGCAGGUGUCAUCUUGGGUGACCCGCAUGCCCACGAACCGAUUGAGACUACACGGCCCCGAUGCGAAGAGGAAGAAGUACGGUACCUGAAAAAGUCGAACCACGAUAGGAUUGAAAGUUGGAGAGAUGUAGAGAUGGACGAUGUUAGUCUUGCUGGGACGGUGCGCUCUUCCGAAGCGGGAGAGAGUCAUGGCGAUGACCUGGCCGACAAGCCCCAUCGGAUGAAAAGGCAGGGGGAGACUCCUAAGCAUAGAGAACUGUCGCAGUCUUUGAUCACGAAAUACUUCCCGAUGAGCCGACUAACCCCGGCCGCCUCGAAGAAGCGAAUGCGCGAUAACGAUGACGAGCACAGCUCGAGUCGGAAAUGUAUGCGUUUCGACAACCCCGAGUCGCAGCCACUCAAGAGUAGCAACGACGAACCUCCAGGUCCUAAUACGGAAUCUCCUGUGGAGUCCUCGCUGCCCGAGUCCUCACAGCUCGAGUCCUCGCAGCCCGAGUCCUCGCAGCCCGAGUCCUCGCAGCCCGAGUCCUCGCAGCCCGAGUCCUCGUCGUCUUCGAGCGGCAUAGCAGAGAUACCGAAACCGUGCACACCACCUAAGAAGAGCAGAGCGGGGAGCAGAAGCACAAAGGACGAGCCCGUCCUCAAGCAUCAUUUUAUUGAUAGUGUUAGCGUUUUGCACACAAACGAGAGCAGGCGGCAAUUGAUCACUGAGUGGGCAGAGAAGUGGCGAGGAGGUUUUUUAUAA